UAAUUGUAUUUUCAACAUUUACAUACUUAUAUUAACUUGAUUUGAAUGAGUUAAAAUAGGUUUUAAAAUAAAAACUAUUUAGUGGUGAGUUUAUCUGGAUGCUAGUUAGAUAGACUGAAAAGUUCUCCGGGGUCUUCUUCCCUUUUGGUGGUUGCUAAGCAACCAAAUGUGGACGAAUUGAGCUGAAUGUAUUUUAGAUUUAGAAGCUAACACAGCAAGUUUAAGCUAACAUUGAUGUCGUUUUGGUUGUCACUAAAGUUUUACGUGUUUUAAACAUAACUUAUGAUUCACCGUUUCGGAACUUUUGUUAGCAUUGACUGUUAAAAUAGCACAAGCUUCCUGCUGCUGAAUCAGCAAUGAUGGACGAGUCAGACCAGAUACAGCCGCGGCUUGUUGACCUUUCAGGAAACCACACACCCGCUUCAGGAAAAUCACAGGACAUUUCUCAAAUAUUAGCGAGCGUUUUCCCUGAAAUGUACACAAACGACAAAGACACACUGUCCAACCUUGUUCACACCAAGGCAAGACGAAUCAGCUGUCAUGAGGAUCUUCAACAGGCUCUUUCUGAGUAUGAGCUGCAUAUAAAGGAGGCUGACAUGUUGAAGGAUCAUAUCAUACAGGCCAGUGCUCGGUCUAUGGAUGAAGAGAGGCAGCUCUAUGAGGGCAUGAUGAAGGAAUUAGGUGUUUCUGAUCACCAGGGGCUGUUAAAAGGUUCAGUCAUAUCAACCUUCUCCUGGUAUGUUGAUGAAGAACUUCUCAGAAGAAACAACCUGAUCUCCCCCGAGGACUACUUAAACACACAAAAGCCACAAGUACGAGAAUCAGCUCCAGUUACACUUAGCUUUGUAAAGCUCACAAAAGCCUGCGAGUCUUGUGGUGAUGAUGAUUCGCUGAGUCCAAGCUCAAAGGAGAUUGUGGAAAAAAUGAACGAUUUAGACGAUAGACUUACCUGUGAGUCUGAUUCAGAUACCCCAAAGAAGAAGAGAACCCCCAAAGAGAAGCAGAACCAGACCAAACCCAAACCAAAAUGGAUGUGCGAGCCAAGUGUCGAGGAAAGGGAGCGACUGCGUAAGCUGAAAGAUCGAAACGACUACUUACGCAAUCCGCGCUUUCUUCCGCCGAACGCGCGUGACGGCGGAUCGUCCCUGAUCCGAGCCAAAGUGAAGAAUAAGCGCAGCACGAAAGUCUCUGAGGAUCAAAGUGACGACCCGGCCCCAGUCUUCAUCGCUAAACCCUCUGUGAUUGUCUUCACCGACUACAUCGUGGGACAUAUUUAUGAGUCCACGCUGGAGCUGAUAAACACAACUUCCACAAGCUGCCAUGUCAGAGUCAUCCCUCCUAACACUCAGUACUUCUCCAUUGGUCUGGGGAGAUUCCCGAGCGAAGGGGGCAUUGUUGCCCCGGGGUUGAGCUGCAAGUACACCGUUCGUUUUGCUCCGGACUCGCUGGGGGACUACGAGGAUCUUCUCGUGGUGGAGACUCAUGGGAAGCACCUACUCAAGGUGCCCAUUGAAGCAAGGCGACCCCCUCCCAUACUUACAUUGCCAAGAGUUCUGGACUGUGGGUACUGUCUGGUUGGGGGGGUAAAGUUUGUUAAGUUUCUGUGCCGAAAUGUCGGACUCAGCUCUGGGAAUUUCUGCAUCAUCCCGAAGGAGCAGUGGCCAGCCCGGAAUCUUAGGUCUGUGUCCAGAAAACACUUUUCUGAGCAGCCACCCUUUGCAGUAAGCCCCUCUUUGUUUAUGCUGCAGCCUGGAGAGGACAUUUUUAUAGAGCUGGUUUUCUUCCCAACCGCAGCCAAGAGAAGCUCUCAAACGUUCACCAUUGUCUGUGACAACUGUCAGGUCAACGACGUUUCCGCUGAAGGCGAAGGCCAGCUUGUUGCACUUGAGCUUGUGUCUGUUUCUGGGGAGGAUGAGCCUCUUAUGGUUGGAGAGCGACAUGAUCUCACAGCUGAGCACUUUGUCCGUUUCAGCCCAUGCAACCCCCACUCCAAACAGCAGAAAACACUUAUCAUCAGAAACAAUGUCCAUGUAGAGUUGCCUUUUCACUGGCAACCCAUGAAGCCCAACGUGCAUCCGAUUCUUCCUGGGGAACCCCCUGAAUCCUCACAAAUCCAGUUCCAUCCAGCCACAGAUGAUGCGUUUCACAUCAGCCCCUCAACAGGCCUUCUGGCUCCAUGCCAGGAUCAAGAAUUUCUCUUAACCUUUAGUCCAACAGAGUUGAAGGAUUAUCACAGCGUUCUUCACUUAUCCCUGAUGGAUGUCCCUCAGCUGCCACCAGAGCCCAGAGAGAGCAGUGUCCUCAAGCCUGUUCAGGUUGGCUCCAAGCUGAUCAGUGUCACCGCCAUGGAGAUAGAGGUCAAAGGGUCAGCAGAGCCCUACCAGAUCCUCCUGGAACCAUACGCUGUCAUAAUCCCCGGAGAAAUUUUGAUUUGCACAACCGUCCGCAGGCAUUUCACGAUGUGGAAUCAUAGCAAAGCACCCGUUUCAUUUCAAUGGGAGAGGUUACAGAACGACUUCCAUAUAAUAGAAGUAGAGCCAUCUGCUGGUAGACUAGAAGAGAAGGAGUUUUUGGAUUUUGAUCUUGUUCUGACUGGAGGGAAACCAGAGAAGUUGGAGACCAGCUUGGUUUGCAACAUACAGAAGCACAACAAGCCUGUCGUUUUGGCUGUGAAAGUCACUUUUAAAGGUCCUACGGUGACACUCGGUGUUCCCAUCGUUGACUUUGGGCUUGUGAGGCUUGGGGAGCAGACUCAGACCACCGUGAUUCUCACCAAUACCACCCAGCUGGAAGCCUCCUGGAUGCUGGAGGAGAAACUUCAUCAGGAUCAUCAGGAUCAUCCAGACCCACAGAUCUCAGUGGAACCGCGUAGAGGUGUGCUGCCACCAUUCGCUUCUUGUGAUGUGGUGGUCGUCUUCAGGCCGCUCUUCUGCCAGCACUUUCAUUCCGAGCUGAUGCUGAAUGUGGAGAAUGGAACAGGAUGUCACGUGGGGGUGCGAGCAGACGUUCAGUCUCCUCAAGUGUGUCUCUUAAACCGUAAGCUGGUCGUCUCUGAUCAUUACAUCGGCGUUCCCGCUAAAUGCAGCGUAACUCUUUUCAACCAGACUCUUCUGUCUUCACACUUCAGCUGGAUGGCCGAGCUCCGGGGUCAACAGGCUCAUCUGUGUACGGCCAUCUUUGACCCUCCCUCUGGUACUCUGGGACCAAAUGAAACCAUGGAGAUCACAGUUCACUUUACUCCUCAUUCAGAUGUGGAGCUGACGAAGGUGGCUGCUGUUUGUGAGGUCCGAGGGAUGAACUCGCCUCUUGUUCUGGCAAUAGCGGCUUCCAAACCCAAGAAACUUUCUGUCUCCUACUCGCUGCCCGGCCUCUGCCCAUCGCAGUCUGACACCGACCCUUCCGCGCUGACGCUCGACUUUGGAGAAGAUGUCGUUUUAAGCAAAGCUGCAACGAAGCAGCUGCUGAUCACCAACCAGUCUGCCAUUCCUGCUCCCUUCACCCUAGAGGCAGAAUACUUCAGCUGCCAUGUCUCUGAGCCAGAUAACCAAUCAGAGAAAGGAUUCAUACGUAUGAAGGAUCCGCUUCAAGUCCUUACAAAGAAAGUAGAAGCGAAAGCUCAUGAAGCGUUUGUGAGCAGCUUAUUGACUCAUGGGAAAGGUGCAGCUUUCCACGUGCUGCCAGACUCGGGUCUACUGGGACCGUUUGAGACCCGAACCGUGGAAGUGACCGCCUACACAGACAUGUGGGGCGAAUACAAAGAUAACCUUGUAUGCAAGGUUGGGGAUCUGGAGCCAGUGCGUCUUCCGGUGCAGAUGACUGUGAAAGGUUGUCCGCUCUACUUCCAAAUGACCGGCCCACGAGCAGAACACCAGCACCAGGGACCAAUCCUACACUUUGGCACCCACGUAUCUGGAGGGGACACAGUUUCUCGAUGUCAUCGCGUCAACAAUCCCACCAUGUUUGACAUUCGUUUGGACUGGAAGACCUACAACAUAGAUCAGAACGACGGGAAACUGGUGGAUGUUGUGUUGUCCUAUGGAGACCACUUCCCUCUGAAGGAUGCUGAUGGGAAUGAGGUUAUGAGUGGAGCGUUGGGGCUUUCCGAUGAAGAUGCAUGGACUCAUGCACCACUGUCUGAUGUGACUGUAAGUAGAGGAGAUGAAAUUGUUCAUUUUAUUCUUCUACCUACUCAUAAUGAUGGAUUUCAGAAUGUGGAAGAGGAGGAGUCUGGACCUCCACCUGCAGGGAAAAAUCUUAUCUCCGUCCACAUCCGACCUCAUCUGGGCAGCCUCUCCGAUUACCCAUACUGCAUCACACCUCAACAAAUAGUGAUUCCAGCCAGGAGCAGCAGAAUCAUCCGUGUCUCUUUCACCCCUUUGACUCUCUCUGGUUCUGAUUGUGAGUCCAGAUGUGCAGGAUUUGCGUUAGGAUUCAUGAGCCUAGACUCCAAGACGGCCGUUUGCGUCCCAGGUAGAGUCAGGCGGGUGCAGGGUUUGGAUUUAGAGCCCAUCAGGUUGGAUCUACAAGCAGCCGUUAAACCUGCAGUGCUGUUGGUGCAGAUGGAUGAGGACGGAGGGGUGCUGGGGUUUAACGCCUCGGCCGGUGAUUUACUGAGGGCAGAAUCAGACGGGAAGCUUGUAGCUUGUGAGUUUGACGUCACUCAGAGCUUUCAGCUUGUAAACCCAGCAGAGAUGCCUUUACGCUUUAGACUAGGGACUAAAGCUCCAUUUUCAGUGCUUAAACCUCUUCGCGGCUCCUCCAGCGACCCGUAUACUGGUGACGGUCAGGCUCUGGUGAUACAGCCUCGUCACAGCACACGGGUAAAGGUGGCCUUCCACUGUUCUUUACCACUUCUGGACCACAAAAACCAGACAGAAGAUCACAAGUCUGCUGAAGUUCAGCUGGUCCACACUGAAAAUGGUUGGAAGAAGCUGAGAUUUCAGCAAAAUCUCCUGAUCCAGUUCAGUAACAACACCCAGCAGACGGUGCCUCUGUGUGCUGAUCUGGACCUGCCCACUCUGAGUCUCUCCACUGACUCCCUUAACUUUGGGUUCUGCUGCGUUGGAGAAACCCGAACCACAGAACUAAACCUCUACAGCGACAGAGCUCGCACCUUCUGGAACUCACACACAGAGUCCGGUGUGUUCAGGGUCUCCCCGGACUCUGGGCUGCUCGGAUCCAAAAAGCUUCACACCACCACCUACAACCAGUGUCUGCAGAUUAGCUUCACCCCAAAUGAGAACAGAGAGUUCAAGGCCGUGGUGGUGUUUCAGUCUCCUCUGGUGACGACUCCUCUCACCCUGCUGCUCCAGGGCACGGGGUCCUUGGAUGAAAAUUAAAGGUCAAAAUGUCCCUGUGACAUCACAUAAUUAGUUUGUUUUCAUCUAUUAAGCUAAAUAGAUGUUUAAUUAUCCGCGAGUUGGGAUUUGUCAUUUUGCUAAUAAAUAUGAUUCAUAUCUUGUCAAAUUUUA